CCUCAUGUUAAAAAAUACUUGGCCUCAAAGAUCAUUUCUCAACAAUUCCUCACCGCAGGAGCCUCAGAAGCCCUCAACAGGCCAGUUCUCCUCCUGCAACAGCUCCCCACAGCAUGAAGGUCUCCGUGGCUGGAAUUACCUUCUUCCUCCUCAUCACCAUCGCCCUAGGUGAUGGUGAAUUCAAGACGGACUUCUCCUUAGAAACUAGGGGGAAACAGAAGGUUGUUAAAAUAUAGUGGUCUAAAGUUAGGGGACCUUACCAACCCUCAGAGUGCUGUUUCACCUACACUACUCACAGGAUCCCCCGUCCGCGGAUUGUGGCUUAUUAUGGGACCAACAGCCAGUGCUCCAAGCCUGGAAUUGUCUUCAUCACCAAAAGGGGCAAAUCCAUCUGCACCAACCCCAAUGACGAGUGGGUCCAGGACUAUAUCAAGGGCAUGGAGGAGAACUGAGUGACCCAGAGUGGGUGGUGAAGGCACAGCUCAGAGAAGGCACAGCUAAAGAGAAGAUGCCAAGGCCCCCCCUCCUCCACCCAUCCCUAACUCUCAGUCCCAGCAACCCUCUGGGAGCUUCCCUGCCUUGAAUUAAAGACCACUCAUGUCCUUC